CCUUCUCCCUAAGUUUCUUCCACAGCCCAGGCCCCGCCCGUGUCCCGCCUCCAGGGCCUGGCUCCCGCCCGCCUCAGCCCGCCCCUCUCUGCGCCCCUUUUGCUGAAGGCCGAGGCUCCAUGUUGUCCCCUCAGCGACCUGUAGUGGCGGCCUCGAGAGGAGCAGGUGAUGCCAUGGAGAAUGGAAAGCCUGGUCCCGUGCAAGUUGUUUUGGUUCACAAAGACCAACAUUACUUUGAGCUAGAAGAGAAAGCUUUGGCUAGCAUCCUUCUACAGGAACACAUUCGAGAUCUUGAUGUGGUGGUGGUGUCCGUGGCUGGUGCCUUCCGAAAGGGCAAAUCCUUUAUUCUGGACUUUAUGCUGCGAUAUUUGUAUUCUCAGAAGGAAGGUGGCCAUUCAAAUUGGUUGGGUGACCCAGAAGAACCAUUAACAGGAUUUUCCUGGCGAGGAGGCUCUGAGCCAGAAACCACUGGAAUUCAGAUAUGGAGUGAAGUUUUCACCAUGGAGAAGCCAGGUGGGAAGAAGGUUGCAGUUAUUUUGAUGGAUACCCAAGGGGCAUUUGAUAGCCAGUCAACUGUAAAAGACUGUGCUACCAUCUUUGCUCUAAGUACCAUGACUAGUUCUGUUCAGAUUUAUAAUUUGUCCCAUAACAUUCAGGAAGAUGAUCUUCAACAACUGCAGCUCUUUACAGAAUAUGGUCGUCUGGCAAUGAAUGAAAUUUUCCAAAAACCCUUCCAGACACUGAUGUUUCUCAUUCGAGACUGGAGUUUCCCUUAUGAAUAUAGCUACGGACUACAAGGAGGAAUGGCAUUUUUGGAGAAACGUUUACAGGUGAAGGAACAGCAACACGAAGAAAUUCAGAAUGUUCGAAAGCAUAUCCACUCAUGUUUCUCCGAGGUCACUUGUUUUCUCUUACCACAUCCAGGACUCCAGGUGGCCACAAGCCCUGAGUUUAAUGGGAAAUUGAAAGAUAUUGCUGGUGAAUUCAAAGAGCAGUUACAGGUAUUUAUACCAUACGUAUUAAACCCAUCUAAGUUAACGGAAAAGGAGAUCAGUGGCUCAAAAGUCACCUGCCGGGGACUGCUGGAGUAUUUUAAGGCAUAUAUUAAAAUUUACCAAGGAGAAGAUCUGCCUCACCCUAAAUCCAUGCUUCAGGCUACGGCUGAAGCUAACAAUUUAGCAGCUGCAGCCUCUGCAAAGGACAUUUAUUAUAACAAGAUGGAAGAGGUUUGUGGGGGAGAAAAACCUUAUUUGUCUCCAGACAUUUUAGAUCAGAAGCACUGUGAAUUGAGGCAACUUGCUUUGGACCAAUUCAAGAAGACCAAAAAGAUGGGCGGGAAGGAUUUCAGCUUUCGUUAUCAGCAGGAGCUGGAGGAGGAAAUCAAGGAGCUCUAUGAGAACUUCUGCAAGCACAACAGUAGCAAGAACGUCUUCAGUACCUUCCGAACCCCAGCAGUGCUGUUCACUGGCAUUGUGGCUUUGUAUAUAGCCUCAGGCCUCACUGGUUUCAUUGGUCUGGAGAUUGUGGCCCAGCUGUUCAACUUUAUGGUUGGACUGCUGUUAAUUGCCCUCCUCACCUGGGGGUACAUCCGAUAUUCGGGUCAAUAUCGUGAGCUGGGCGGAGCUAUUGACUCUGGUGCAGAGUAUGUGUUAGAGCAGGCUUCUGUUCAUAUUGGUAAUUCUACCCAGGCUGCUGUGAGGGAUGCAGUUGUUGGGCGACCACCUGUGGAUAAAAAAUCGCAAUAGCAUCUUAACUAGAAGAUUCAAGAGCCCAGCUGGCCCCUGGAUCUUUGGUUUCUGCCACUGCCACCAUGCGUCCAGAUCCAGAGGAAUGGCCGCUCUGGGGCUGUCUGGGAGGAGCUGAAACAGGGCGCUGUAAUAAAUGACGUGACCUCUCCUGUGUUUUCAAAUUC